CGGUGCGGGAGGUGGUUCGGAGUGGCUGCACGUUCGGGCGAUUCGAAAGUUUUUUCUUCCACCUCGCAGUUCCGAGGAGCGCAGAUAGGUGUAGGGCGAGAGAUUGUGAGGGGCGGGGCGUGAGUUCCGAUGCAAUGCUUGGCUCGGUAUCCGCGAGGGCGAAUCGACUGUGCAUCUGGAUGAGCAAGCACGAUGCGGUGUUGAUUCCUGGUGACGAUUAGGGACAAAGGUUUGAAAUCACGGUUAGGGUUUUGUGGUGCAACUAUUGAGGGAAGGUCGCGAGGGCGUACCUCGGAGAGAGGAGCAGGCUUGCAGAUGUGACCCCGGGUUAUGGCGAAGAAGAAAGGAGGAGCCGGGAGGGCUGCCAAAGCAGGAGGAGCUGCUGCCGGGGGUUCUGCGGAGGUUCCGCCUCGGGAGUUCAACGAGGGAGACCUCGUGCUGGCUAAAGUCAAGGGUUGGCCAGCAUGGCCCGCGCAGAUUGGAAAAUUGGAGACGCAAGGGAAACAUGCUGGAAAGUAUUAUGUGACCUACUUUGGGCCAGGGCAGCAAAUUGGUUGGUGCCUACCGGUUGAGCUGUCAGAGUUUGAUGCGGAUCAGAGAGAAGCCUCUAUUCAGAAGUCACUGAAGAAAACUGCAGACAAGAAGUUUAUUUCCGCCGUGAAGGAAAUAUGUGCUCUGCAAGAUGAGCGGGUAGGGGACACGCCCAAGGACUCCGCAGAAGAGAAUGGAGAGUUGGUCGAGGACGACAGUACUCGGGAUAGUGGCCUGGAUGGUCGAGAAGAGGGCACGGUGGAAAAGGAGGUUAAGCAGGAAGUUUUUUCCAUGCCCGUCGUGACAUUGAAUCAGCAAGACGAGUCCGUGUAUUUCAAUGAGGGGAAUCCUGAAGAGGAUGCCGACGAUGGCGAUGGCGAAAAGAAUUGGAGCGAAAGACCAGAAUACAAUGGUAGCGGUCUACAGAUGGGAAAAGACUCGGACGGAGGAGGACAGGAGCAAGAAGCGAGUCACGAUGGUGCAGUAGGGGAAGGGUUGAAGUCGUUCGCAGAAGUUGAAAAGCCCGAUUCGGAGGCAAAUGGAGGGAGAAGGCGCGCUUUCGGAAAUGCGUUGAUGAGAAUCAAUCAGACUUCCGACAAAGAUGUAGAGGAAAAGGUUGAGAUUCCAGAAAACGACACGCAGGUGCUCACUUAUCAGUACGGGAGGAAGAAGAAUCGGAACAAGACUAACAUGGAUGAAUCCCCUGGUGUUGUGAAUGGCGCGGCGUCAAAUCCUGGGCAAGAGAUCGUGGAGGACUCCGCUGCUGUGCAUGCUGUAACCAGCGAGUUUUCGAAGAAGAUCAAACCUAAAGUGGGCAGACCCUCCAAAGCCAGUCAACAAUCUAAAAUGGGACAAGACAGCAAGUCGACUACUCAAGCGGUUAGAAAGCUAAGCGCUGCUGAGAAGAGGUCAGAGUUGGGAAAAGGUAGUGGGGGAGGUGGACGUGACGGAGGCGGGAAACCUGGCAAGGAUGAUGACAGUGCUUUAAAAAGGGUGUCAUCUGACAAUGGGCACAAUAGGAAGGAAUCUGAUUCCAAGAAGAAAGAUGUGUACAGCUCUAGUGUAAAGGGAGAAGUUUUGGGUGGGGAGAAACGUGAACGCAAGUUGGAGGGGAAGAAGGAUGUGAAGGGGCUGGCGUCGGAGGUGGAUAGAUUGAAGAAAGGGCCAAAGAAAUCGCAAAUUUUGACGAAGAGUUCGGAGGAAAGCAAGAAGCAUUCAGGCACACCGAAGCAGCGGGGCGAGCACGUGAAAGGCAGUGUCGAUGAUUUGGAGAAGAAAGUUCCAACCUCCUCCCCAGGUUCUUUUGGAGGAUCAAAGGUUAAAAGUGAAGUUGUAGGUGAAGCAUCUCUAAAACGUAGAAGGCUGUCUGAUGGAGAGGUCGAAGGGGAGGAAGGAAGUGCGGGAGGGGAGAAGGGUGAUGACGGAGUUAGUCCCAAAGUGGAUGCGGUUGAGAAAAGCCUUCCCUUGUUGAAGAGGCCCAAGAUGCUCGCAUCAGAAGGCAAGUCGUGGGAAGGAAAGCAGAAACAUGUGUCCGUUGGGCGUUCAGGUGUGGACGGAAACAACGCCGAGAACGAUUCGCCCAGGGAUGGCAAGUCCAGAGAAAGGGGGACCAGCCUACCCCCGAAAGCAGACAAGGAUCGGAUGAGAAAAGCAGCUCUGGAUGGCGAGGCUGCUCUCCCUCCUUCAAAAAGAAGGCAUCGAGCUUAUGCAGCGAUGAGUGCUUGUGAAGCGGAAGCCGCUACAGCAAGCGCGGCGGAAUCUAGGGAGCAAAUAGGAAAUGGAGUGUCUUCUAACCAAGAUGGUAACGAUGUGACUGCAGCUGCGUCCUUGGAGACUCUGAGCAAAGAGGGCAUACCUGUGUGUGGGCCGCCGAUUGGCAGCGUGGCUAGCCCCUUUAAGAAUGCCACAGUGACGCCAGACAUUUUUGAGUCUACAGAUGGAGGGCAUAAACAACAGAAAGUAGGAAGCGGGCAUGAUAACGCUGGUGCUCAAGACAGGAUAGAGAGCAAGAAACACAUGCUCUUGAAAGACGCACAGGCAACAGAUUCACCAAGAAAGCACAGCAGUAGUGAAGACCCUAGCAAGGUGCAAACAGCGAAGUCGGAAGGUAGAGCAAAGAGUUCGAAAUCAAAAAGUCCUGGUCCCACGAGAUCAAGCUUGGAAGUUGCGACGGAGAAACGCAAGGGACAUUUGAGCGGCUCCGAGAGCGGUAAAUUGAGUACAAGUAUGUUAGGAGGGGCAGAGGCGUUCGGAUCUCUUGCAAAACCAAGUUUCGAGGAUUCAAGUAUAAGAAACGCGGUUGCACUUGCUAAUGAGAAGAGAAAUGCGCUGAAGAGGGAGGGGGAUGCAUCUGCCUCAAUGAAGGUUCUGAUUGCGGUGGCUCAAGCUAAGCAGCGAGCUAGGCAGAAUUCCACAGGUGGGUCUGGGUCGUUCGCAUUUGCAGAGCUUGACAAGUUCACAAAUAGCAUGGUGUGCAGUCCCUCUCCUUCACAAAGAAGGGGAAGCUCAGGGCUGACUUCACCAGUUCAACAUGGGCAGGGUGGUGUCUUAACUCCUCAUGACGGACACAAAAGGCAAGAUCUGGACUAUAUUCGACACGGAGAAACAGCAGUGGAUACGGAAGCCACUAUAGCACGGGAUACUUUUGUGGGUAUGUUGGAGACAGUUUCCCGCACAAAGGACAGCAUAGGACGCACAACCCGGCAGGCUAUGGAUUGUGCAAAGCACGGCAUUGCUGACCAGAUCGUUGAGGUGAUAGUACGGAAAUUGGAGAAUGAGCCCAGCUUUCAUCGGCGGGUAGACUACUGGUUUCUUCUAGAUUCUGUCACUCAAGUCGCCCAUACACAGAAGGUGGCGGCAUACCUUCCGAUUGUGCAAUCAUUCCUUCCUCGAAUACUGAAUGCAGCUGCUCCACCAGGGGGUGCCGCACGUGAGAAUAGAAAACAGUGUUUGAAGGUGUUGAACUUGUGGUUGGAAAGGAAGGUGAUGCCGGAAUCUGUUCUGCGUCAUUUUAUGACUGAAAUAGAGUCGCACAGUGAGGACAAGGGAUUGCCUGGAAAUGGUCCUCGCCGACUUUCUCGAUCUGAGCGUGCAGUGGACGAUCCUGUAAGGGACAUGGAUGGCAUGUUGGUGGAUGAGUAUGGAAGCAAUGCGUCGUUGAAUUUACCGGACGGGUUUUCCAUCAUUCCUCAGUUGUACGAGGAGGAAGAGGAAGACAGUGAAGAUGGCGAUAAGAAAUUGGAGACGGAGUUUUUGAGCGCCAUCAACACAACACGUUCAACCGAAGGAGAGGCACUUGUCGAGAGGCAUCCAACUGUGCUGGAAGAUGUGGAUGGUGAGCUGGAAAUGGAGGAUGUUUCUCCGACGGCCGACUCAGAAGUUCCAGCUAUGAAGUCGCGGGAACAACUCCUAGCAGAUCGUUUUGCGGGGGACGCAAGAACAAACUCUGGGCAGCCUCCUCUGCCGUUGGAUCCCCCUCCUUCCGUUCCGUCGCCACCUCCUCUGCCGGCUGAUCCUCCUCCUUCACCCCCUCCACCCCCCAGAUCCCCGCCUCCGCCGCUAAUCAGCUCGCAGGCAGCAUAUCCAAGUAAUGGGCAGAGUUCCGCACAUUCACAGGAUUUAAGUACUCAUCAAGCGAGCGAUUCACCAUCUACACCAACUACACACUCAGGCUUAGCUGGUCAUCAAGGUCAAGGGAACUCUGGGUUUUCUCAAGUGGGGUCUAGGACAAAUUCUUAUCCAAGUGGUCCAGGAAGUCAAUCAGGCGCAUCGCUGGAUUCUCCGAUUCCUCCUUUACCUCCUCAGCAUUGCAGUUCAGGGUUUGCCCUUGGAACGCGUCUUCCACCCCCUCCGCCUCUUCCUCCGUCGUGUCGUCCUCAGCGGGUGUGGCCAGAAUCUUUUGCUUCCCCAGCCGGUGGUUCUGACGUCUCUCCCCGAUUAGGCAGGCCCGGGGAGGAACAAGUACGACAGGGAAACCAAGAGGUCUCUGUCAGUGAAAGAGCUGGGGACUUGUCUGGUGGGCAACAAGAUGCUGGGCCCUCACAAAGUGGAGGUUGUACAAGCUCUGGACCUUCCGAAGGGGUUCAAGCAGGAGAUCAAGCAUCUGGAGGCAGCAUGUCUGGUUAUUCUUCGAAUGCUCCGCUUUAUUUAAGCCAGGAUAAUUUAUACAGGUCGAAUGCGGGUGGUCGACCUGGGCCAGGUGCACAGUUCCCGUACGGUCCUCCUGGAAUUCAAUCUGCUAUGCGUGGUCGAUCAGUGGGAGGACAUUUCAGUCCAUAUGCACAGUACCAAACACCUCCCAUGAAUCCUCCAGGUGGUCAGGGGCCGAUGCAUGGUUUCAGACCCGGAGGUCCUUCCGUCAGUUCGUGGAGAUCAAAUUAAUUUAUUCGCUGGUGAGCAACAGGUAGAGUUUGCCGCAUACAAGGUUGGCGUAGGUGUGCCUUUCCACGGUAGAGGAGCCAUGACUACCCCAGUUGUUGGCUCCUGUGAAGCAGGUGUGGAAGAAGUGGUUACUGAAGCGCUCUUGUCCGUAGUGGAUGCCAAAGCUGACUAUACAUUUAAUGUAUAAUAUCUGGGAGGUUCAUGUUUGGUGGUUUGGUGCAACUACUGAAUGCCCGAGCAUGAACGAUGAACCCAGAGUGAAGUGAGAACUUGGCUACUAGUUCAUGAAUCUCGGAGGAGUUGUAGAAGCUUUGGAGUUCUGACGAUGAGGUGGUCCCCUCGUUGGAGGAAAGUGUUUCAGGUGGAGUAGUGUAUCAAGGUACUCAUUGGAUGUUUAGGGAGAAAGCAGCCGUAAAGUAGGACGUUUUUUGUACAUUCUCUACUUCCCAAUUAGAGCCUGCUGAUUGCAGAGAUUAGCACUGUGUAGAUUUUGUAUCUGUAUCGAAGAGCCCCGUUCGACUUUGCUUACUA